AUGGACCCAGGAAACCUUGCUGAUAACCACGCCACUGGAGACCCCACCUGUGAUCCUAUGUCCAGUGACCCUGCCCCCUGUGACCCCACUGGUGGCCUCAUCUGCAGUGGCCCAGCAUGUAGCCCCACCACAGGUCCGGACCCCGUCCUGUUUCUGCAGGGACUGCAGGCUCAGUGGCCCUCUAAGGACAUGCAGCAGCUCCAGAAGGCAGCCUGGCAGACGUUUGCAGCCCUGGAUGACCCACUUGCAGGACUCCUGGACAUGCUAGAAGCCAGCCCAGCUGACAGGAAGCCAUGUGCCUCAUUACAGGCCUGGGUCGUCUGUGAACUGCAGCACUGGCUGCAUGCACAGCCAGUGAACCCAGGACCCACACAGGGCAGUCCUCACCUGCGGGAGCUGCAGACUCGGGCAGCCGAGGUCCUUACCAGGAGCCCUGCCAGCCUCACUGAGCCGCUCAUCAGCAUCUUCCAGCUGCAGGACGCAGACCGCAGGCUUCUGCUGGACCACAUCAGCCACCUCCAUGACAAGGGCAAGUUCAAAGAGGCUGUCCUGCUGAGUGUGAAACUCAAGCUGCAGCCAGAACUCGACAUUGAAAAGAUGAGCGUCCCGCUGCUGCUCCAGAACAAAAUGAACCUGGUUGAGCGCUAUGUGGAGGACUUUCCGGACCUGCAGAGGCGGCUGCUGGUCCUUAUGGACUCCUGGUGUCAGCCCGGUUUCAACCUCAGAGAUGUUACCAGGAAGUUCCCCCAGAUGACCUCGGUCAGGCAGGACUUGCUGCGUCCGAAGCUGGUGUGCAGACAGGUGCUGCGUCUCCUGGAGAGGUACAACAUGGACUCAGCCUUGUGCCCCAAUGUCAUCAACCAGCAACGCUUGGGAACUCUGCGGUACCUGUGCUACAAACGGUUUGUGGAGAGAACCUUGUCUCAAGAGAACUGGGCUGAUCAUGUGCAGGACCUUGUGGGGCAGAGCGAGUGGUUGCAAAGCCAGCUGCUCCAGCUGCUGACCUCACACUGCAGUGUGGCAGUGACUGCCCAGUGUGCCCAGGACCUAUCACUGCCUGAGGGACUGCUGCCAGCCGCGGUGGCCACUGAGCUGAGCAGACUUCGGGAGAGGGAGCCCCAGCCUGGUGGGAAGCCCACGGAGCCCCGUGGCAAGCACAGGAGCCAUUACUACCAGCCGCCUAUCACCAGGGAAGACAUCUACUUCCUGGCCACGUGGGAGGACGUCACCAGACAUGAGCCUGAGAUCCUGCAGCCGGGUGCCGUAGUCGGCGUGGACUUGGAGUGGAAGCCCCUGUUCCAGGGCGCAGCCCGGCCCAGCCCCUCCCUGGUGCAGUUGGCAUUGGAGGGCCGAGUGUUACUGCUGGACCUGCAUAGCCUCUCACAGCCCCCUGGGGGACAGGGGGAACAGGCCCUGUGGCAGCUCCUGAGCCGGCUCUUCUCAGACCCCUCCAUCACCAAGUUAGGUUAUGGACUGGAAGGGGACUUGCGGAGCCUGGGAGCUGUGUGCCCGGCCCUCGCGGAUGCGGACAAGGCAGUGCGCGGUGUCCUGGACCUCCAGCUAGUGCACCAGCGGAUGCGGGCAGACACAGGUAGCCCCUGCAAGGGCUCAGCAAGAGCACCGCGGGGCCUGAGCCUCCUAGUACAGCAAGUGCUGGGCCAGCCCCUGGACAAGACCCAGCAGCUCUCCAACUGGGAUCUGCGGCCACUGAGAGAGCAGCAGCUGAUCUACGCAGCCACAGAUGCCUACUGCCUGCUGGAGGUGUACAGGGCGCUGUGCCGAGACCCUGCCCGCUUUCGCCUGUCUGAGAACCUGGCCAAGAGCCUGGGGGCCAGGGGCAGCAUGAGAUCAGGGGUCCAGAGGCCUUCUGGCCAGCCAGAGGCCCUGGCCCCACCCCCACAGGUGGGUGUGCCUGCUGCAGUGGACAAGAAAACGGCUCCCAAGGUCCUGGCCAGGGACUUUCGCGUGGUGUGUGACAACAUGCUGCAAGGGCUGGCCCGAGGCCUGCGCUGUCUGGGCGUGGACGUGCGUGUGCUGGGCACAGGUGAUGACCACCGCAGGGCGGCUGAGGUGGCCAGGCAGGAGGGGAGGAUCAUCCUGACUUCAGGGCUGCCCUACCACAAGCUGCGGGCUCAGGUGGGGCCCGGGCGCUGCCUCCAAGUUGACUGCUCCCUCAAGGCCCGCGAGCAGGUGCAAGUUGUGCUCAAGCAUUUCAAUGUGUUUGUCACCCUCUCGGAUGUCUUCAGCCGCUGUCAGGUGUGUAACUGUGACCAAUACCUGAAGGUCUCUCAGGACAUGAUGAGGCACCUCAUGCAGCAGAAUGGCCAUCAUGAAGGUCCCAGUGGCACAGGUGAGAGUUCCACCCAGCACCAGCUGGUGCAGCCCCCAGGUCCAGCACUGCACCCAGCCCCCAGGGACUCUGUCUAUGACCGGCCAUGCCGCUGGCUGGAGGCAUCAGACCUGGAGACCACCACCCCAGCCACUCUGGGCAACGGCACACGACUUCAGCUGGGGUCAGUCCCCAUGGGGGUGCUGCGGCGCCCAGGGCAGUGGCCCUUCUACUGCUGCACCGGCUGCGGCAAAGUCUUCUGGGAGGGCUCCCACCUGAGCCGUGUGACUGCCCAGUUCCAAGAGGUCCUGGGGCUCCCGCCCCUAACACUGUGA